CAAGGUGAGUCUCACGUGUGGCAGAAGACUUAUUCAUCAAUGGAUAACAAUAUGUAUUUCUCAGUCCUUCUAUUAAGCUCUGUUUUUGGAAUUGCAUUGUCUUGUUUUUGUGAACGCUAUCCAUGGGCUCAGUGGUCAGCCUGCUCUAAAACCUGUAACCAUGGCACUCAAAGCCGAUCACGGAAUAUCGUUUAUGAUGAAUACUACAGGAAAAACUUUUGUGAACGACUGUGUACAAAAUAUGAGACUCGAGCAUGUAACGAUGAGGCGUGUCCUAUACACUGUCUCCUUGGUGAUUAUGGACCAUGGUCUGACUGUGAUGCCUGCCUCAAAAAACAAUUCCGUGUACGAGCACUGGUACGUCCGUCUCAGUUUGGAGGUGAAGCCUGCGCAGGGCAGUUGGUUGAUUCCAGAGUAUGCAAUCCUUCAAAGAUUUGUAAUAUUGAACAGGAAGACUGCUCUGAAAAAUUCAAGUGUGACUCAGGUCGCUGCAUACCCAAAAAUCUUCAGUGUAACGGAGACAAUGACUGCGGUGAUAAUUCAGAUGAAAGGGGUUGUAGGAAAAAGAGUUUGUGCAAAAGAAGUUUUGAGAACAUACCUGGAGUUCAGUUGAUGGGGAAUGGGUUUAAUUACCUAUCUGCAGAAAGCCGAGGGGAAGUUCUAGAUAAUUCUUUCUUUGGAGGCAAAUGUGUCACAAUCAUAGGGAAUGGCACGGGGUCAAACAGAAAAUUUUAUAGGCAACCAGCAAAUAUUGAAAAAAUGGAUUUUGAGAUAAAAAAUGAAGAAGAUGAUGUAGCAUCGGCAUACUACAACAGUUUGGUAAAUUUCAAUGAUGGUAGCAGCUGGCAUUCAUCAUCUUCAUCUUCUUCAAGACGUAGAUCUGGGAUUCCCUAUCUCUUUGGCAAAAAAAGUAACACGAGAGUAACUUCAUCUUCAUCUUUCAGAGAAGCGGUUCAGGCAUCGUACAAAAAAAAUUCAGGAUUUGUCAGGAUACAUAAGGAAAUAUCAGUUUCAAAUUUCAAAAUGAAACAAAAUGACCUUUGGAUUUCAGACGUUUUCUUAAAGGCUCUGAACCAUCUGCCCUUGGAAUACAACUACCCUCUGUAUAGCAGAAUAUUUGAGAAUUUUGGAACCCAUUAUGUCAGUAGUGGCUCAAUGGGAGGCUCAUAUGACCUUCUUUACCAGUACAGUACGGCGGAUCUAAAAAAUUCAGGUUUAACAGAGGAGGAAUCCACGGAAUGUUCGCGGACAGAAACAGUUAGACGUGUGUUUUUUAGGAAGAAAAAAAAAGUCACAGAGAAAUGUGUCUAUAACAAAAUGUCUCAGCAACACGAAGGCUCAUUUCUGGAGGCCUCUGAAAGAUCCAUCUCUUUAGUAAAAGGUGGAAGAGCAGAAUAUGCAGCUGCUUUGGCCUGGAAGAAAGAAGGAGCUUUUCCAGAACACACUCCCUAUACAAACUGGGUAGCAUCGACAGUAGACAAUCCAGUCAUUGUUGAUUAUGAGUUAUCUCCAAUUCUAGACCUAGUAAAAGGAUUUCCGUGUGCAGUAACAAAGCGGCGCAAUCUCUUAAAGGCAUUUGAGACUUAUCUUGGUACAUUUGACCCAUGCACAUGUUCACCUUGCCCUAAUAAUGCCAGGCCGGUUUUAUUGGGCACUGAGUGUCUGUGUGUUUGCCAGACUGGUACUUAUGGUGAAAGCUGUUCUAAGAAAGCUCCAGAUUACAUCUCAGUUGCAGUUGAUGGUUACUGGAGCUGCUGGUCUUCAUGGAGUCCUUGUGAUGGUUCUUUAAAGAGAAGAAGGACAAGAGAAUGUAAUAACCCUGCGCCACUUAAUGGGGGCAAACCGUGUGAGGGGGAGAGCACGCAAGAGGAGAACUGUAUGAUCUCACUAUUUGCUGAUAAGGGAGCCCUGUGCAUAAAUGAUGAUGAAGAAAAAAAAGAAGAAGAUUUAGAAGACCCUCACUAUGAUACUGGAUGCCCGAGAACAAGCCCACCAGAGAAUGGAUACUUUAUAAAUGAAAAGAAGUGGUAUUCAGUAGCUGAAGAGGCGGAAAUAGCUUGUGUUACUGGAUAUGAACUUUCUGGCUAUCAAUUCUUAAGGUGUCUCCCAGAUGGAACGUGGAAACAUGAAAAUACAGAAUGUCAUCGAAAAACAUGUCCCAGACCAUCAGCCUUAGUUGACGUCACAAUAUUUAAAUUCCAAACAGAGUAUAAGAUUGGUGAAAGCAUCCAGAUCAGCUGCCCAGCUGGUUUUGUUAAAACUGGUCCGACUCGCUAUACGUGUGGAGCAGAUUUGCAAUGGAAUCCUCCUAUCCUGAGAGAAUUUAGUUGUGAACCAGAACCUCAAACAGUAUUUCAAGGUACCUGCAGCCCAGGCAAAAAACAAGUGGGAUCAGAGUGUGUUUGCAUGUCUCCAGAACAGGAUUGUCGUCAUUAUACAGAAGAUAUGUGCGUUUAUGAUACAGCUCUUGACAAUUACCUCACAAUGUCUCGUUGUCGGUUCUUGGCUGAGAAGUGCCUGGGAGUAAGGCAGCUCCAUUUCUUGGAUAACGGACCCUGUGGAGAUAUUGACCUGAGCUGGGUACGUGAUAGGAUAGCCCUGUCUACAAGCAGCGUGAAGAAAGUGUCUUGUGGAUACGAUUUCUGUUAUGACUGGGAGGUUUGCUCAGCAGGAUCACAGUGUUCCUGCCUUUUGCCGUACAAUUGCCCUGAAAACAAAGACCAGCAAUACUGCAUCAAGAUCGGAGCCGCACGAAGAGAAAGAACCGUCAAUCUCUGCUCACUGGGAGCCAUAAAAUGUUCCAAGAUUAAUGCAGAAAUACAAUAUAAUGGUCCAUGCACUGCCUGAGACGAGAUUCACCACUUAUAGCUCCGUUGUAUUUUUAUAUAUAAUGAUCGCUAACGAUUAAUACCAUUAAUGUAUUAGGUGCUAAACAAAUACUUCUGUAUAUUUUACUUUUUUCCCUUUAAAUUGAGCUUAACAGUGAACACGCAAUUAUUUUUUAUAAAAUGACUUGUUUUUUUUAGUUUUAUUUUAUUUCAUUUUUUUUGCUUAAUUUCAUCCGUUUGACAUGAUUUAUUGUAAAACAUUAAUUUAUGAAUCUUCUUAAAAGUAGAAAGUUACAACAGUAAAAAUAUUUUGUUUUCUGGCAAUUUGCUUGUACACUUUAACUGAGCUCAGCUUUGUUUUCAUUCUGCAAGUUGUUUUUUUGUGUUUGUUUUUUUAAUAAUCUGAAUUAUGGAGGAGAGUUCCCUGUUUUUAUUUUCAAGAAAAGUUUAAAAUAUUAGCCCUUAUAUUGCCAAAAAAUCUCAUAUCACUAUUUUGGGCCCUUACAAUAUAAGGCUUAUAUACCUCAGUAAGAAAUAAUAAAAUUCAUACACACAGAGAGAAGUGCACUCACAGGAAUGAACAACUGUCUCAAUACCAUUGUUAGCCUGUUCUAUGGUGAUUUACCACCUGGGUGCAGCUUCUUUUAGCCCAGUAAUGCUUUUCACAGAGUAGAAGUUUUCUGUAGUUUAUCAUCUGAUCCCACCUGUCCAGCGCCGAAAUACCAGGCAAUUCCUCUCUGAACAAGGAACACAGCAACCCCAGACGAUCGUUUCGGCCUUCAUUGGGUCUCGUCAGUGAGGUGUAGCAGUAUUCCUCUAAGCACACUGAGCAAGGAGUCCACGUCUGGUUGCCCCUUUUUCCCAUAGGGAGGCUAAAUACACACAGAGAGAAGUGCACUCACAGGAGGGAACAACUGGCUCAAUACCAUUUUUAGCCUGUUCUAUAGUGAUUUACCACCUGGGUGCAGCUUCUUUUAGCCCAGUAAUGCUUUUCACAGAGUAGAACUUUCCUGUAAUAAUAAUACAAUUCAUGUAUAACUAUAUGAAUGUGUCAAGAUCUUCUGAAAAGGGAAUACACUGUAAGGGACUUUAUAAAGCCCCUUAUGGACCCUAAUGCUGCUGUUUCCGCACGAGCCUUCAGUCUCGAUGGAAACAGGAGUUAAGAAGCAGCGGCCUUAAGACUGCUGCUCCUUAACUCGUCCACCAGCUAUGAGGCGGCAGACAGCAAUCCGCCCAAUCGUAUACGAUUGGGUUGAUUGACACCCCAUGCUAGUGGCCUAUUGGUCGCAAAUCUGCAGGGUCGGCAUUGCACAAACAGUUCACCAGAACUGCUUGUGCAAUCUUAAAUGCCGACAGUGUAUGUUGUUGGCAUUUAGCAAUGCAGGGCUGACAUGAUUUGCUAUAGCGAAUCAUGUCCGCCGGGGUAUGAUAAAUCUACCCCUAAGUAUUAAACAACAUAGCAUUGCACACGCCUUGAAACUACAAGAAAUACAGCUUGAAAGCAUUUACAAGAGCUGACUGGAUAUUUCUGUUAUUUUUUUGUAAACAUGUAAUAGGCUUAUGGCCUAACAAUAGCUAUUCAAAAGUCAGUGGCUGCUUUCAGUUAUAUUGUUGCCAGAGUGGGCCCCCCCCCUCCCAAGUAUAAUGGCUGAACCUCAUGUGCUCCCCCAACUGUGAUUGUUCCUCGUUUUCCCACCCCAUUCUGCCCAUGGCUCCAUGCCAGCCCACCUAUGACACACCCCCAACUCCACCCACAGACCACACAGCCAUGACUGUUGAUUGUCUGGUACCCCCCUAUCAUCAUGGCACCCUUUUACAACAACUGUGGGCCUCUAGUAAGUGCCCUGCUUAUAACAACUAAGCUACUUUUUUAGUGCAAAGGUAACAUUUUUUGAUAAAGGCACAAAUGUUCAAAGGAACAGAACAUAUGUAUGUUUAUAACAUGCCUCCCAACCUUCCUGGAUCAUGGGUAUUAACACAAGUUGGGAAAUUCGAUGACCCUCAUUCCUGUUUUUUUUAGGUUGCCUAUCCCCUCAUAUAACACAUCUUGACUCUGCUUAACCCCACCCCUGCCUGCCCACAGCAAAUCCAUGGCCCCUCCCCUUUCAUCACAGCUCCACCCACCUAACACCAGUAGGCUACUCACGUCUCUGCCCUGGAAAGCCUGCAGGAAAUAUUACGAUUAUGGUGCCACAAAGCUUAAGUUUUAGUAACAUAACAUGUAUUAGGGAAAGUGUGUAUAAAAAACAGAAACUAAUAAUUGUUUUCUGUACUGUUAUAGUAACAAAUUUAAAGAAAAUAAAA